GACAGAAAGAGAGUGUGACCCAGACAAACCCACCCACUUGUAGGCGAGGAACUCCUUCAAACUAUGACUUUUCGGCAACCAAUGAAGGGCAAGUCAGUCCAGUGUAGUGACAUCACCGGGAUAAAGAGGGUCUAUUCGACUUCCUGCAAGGCUGUGACUGGUUCAUGUUGAUUGCAAUAAAUCCCAAUUCCUUUUUCCUCAUCCCCCACCCCCUCUGUGUCUGUGUCUGUCUGUGCGUCAACCGGAACAUACGCCUGGGUGCAGUUGAGCCCUUGUGUGUGUGUGUGUGUGUGUGUGUGUGUGUCAGACACUCAGAGGAUCGGCGAGUCAGCAGCUAACUCUUGUGGAAAAAGUUGGAAAUCUCGGUUUGCGUUUUCUCCCGAGCUGGCCAUGGCAUGCAGGCUGUUUCAUGUCUACUCCCAAGAAAGGAAGGUGCGGUGAAUGAUACAACACCUUUCAUAACCUUAGAGUGCCUCAAAUUUCACAGCUUAUUGAGCAUGAAGCUGACUGUUAUGGGAACUUUGUGAAUGCAGGGCCGUAAUUGAAAGAAGUGAAUCGUUUGAAGCUGGUUUCCUUGCUGUCAGUGCCCGAUUAUAUCACGAGGUCCAACGAUGUACAAUGCCAUCUUGUCUGUGUGCCUCACUAUGUAUUUGCUGCUGGGACGCUGUAGAGGGGUCUUCAAGAUCCAAGUACCAGAAGUUCCUGUCGUUGCCAUCUUUGGGAAAGAUAUCACCCUGAACUGCUCCUUCAUCACCAAUGCCACCUUUUCCUUGGGCGACCUCACUGUCAUUUGGCAGCUUACAGAGACUCGGAAGAUGGUGCGCAACUACCCGAUCCAGCAGGACCAGCUGGCAGACAGCUUUGCGAACAGGACAGCUCUGUUCACUGAAGAGCUGGAAAAGGGGAAUGCUUCUUUGCUGUUGAGGCAUGUCCGGAUUGAGGACGAGGGCAGCUUCACCUGCUUUGUGAGAAUUAAAAGUCACCAGAGUGCUUCCAUCAUGCUCCGACUGGCUGCUUCUUACUCCAAACCCAACUUGCAUUUGGAACCUAACAAGAAUCUCAAGCCUGGCGAUGAGGUGGCCAUUACUUGCCACUCUUCUGGAGGUUACCCCCAAGCCACAGUGCAGUGGCAUGAUGGGAAAGGGAGCAACAUCACUGAGAAUGUCACCACUUCGCAGGUGGCCAAUGAGCAGGGUCUGUUUGACGUCCGCAGUGUGAUCAGGGUGAUACUGGAGCCCAACAGCACGUACAGUUGCAUGGUGAGGAAUGAGCUGCUGAAUGAGGAGACCCAAGCCUUGGCAACCAUUACAGGGCAGCACCUGAAGUUCCCCGUGGUUGCCUUAUGGUUGACGAUAGCCCUCUCGGUGUGUCUGCUGGGGCUGCUUGUCACCCUGGGAUACGUGUGCAGACGGAAGAUCCGGCAAAGCUGCAAGGAGAACGAAGCAGAAGACGAUGAGGAAGAAGAGGCGGAAGCAAGGACAGCAAUGAAGCCUUUGGAACAUGCUAACGAUAAAGAAGCAUCCCACAAACACCCCUUUGAUGAAGGCAACUUUGGCAAAACAGAAUUCUUCCACUUGCUACCUCCUCCAGUCCAGGAGAAAGAACAUGAACAAAAUGAAUCUAGCAAUGGAGAGAGAAUGCAACCUUUUUUCAGCAGCAGAGAGAGUGGAAGAGGAAGUACUCGAAUGACAUGAAAGAAAAUCCGAAGCAAUUCAAGAGCCUUCCCACAAGUGCUUUGCCAUUUUGCUGCCUUACUUCAUGGUUGUCAUUGUUUAAGCAUAACCCAACUGACCUAAGGCUGGGAUUAACUGAGAUCACAGCUGCAGUUGAGCUAAAUUCUUUGUCCGUCUAGUUGUUUGGCCAAACUGUUUGCUCCAGUUGUCCUGGGAAAUGCUGCAGAUGCCACUAUCUGAAAGCUAAUAUGGUGUCAAAAAUUAAGGAUGUAGCUAAUUAUGUUUUAUACACAUUUAACCAAUCUGCUGUUGUGCUGCAGUCAGUUCACUGCUUGAAGAACCCAGACCCUUGAUCAGAAUGUCAAACAGUCUGAAGUGGAAUGAUAUUUUUCAAUGAUAUAUUUCAUUUAUAGAUUUGAACUGUUCUAUUUCUUGCUUGUGAUAGUGACAUUAUUGCUGUUAAAUGCACAUAUAACCAGCUGCUGGCUUUGAAAGAACAUUUGUGCUUUUGUUUUUCCUGGUCAUAGUCAUUCCAGUUGUUAAGUAACAGCCUUCUUUGCUGCCACUGUGUUGCAAAAUCUCCUGAAGUCUUCAUGUUUCUAUUUCACGCGGUAACGCUGAAGAGCCGCGGCACAGGUUUUGCAGAUGUAAUAACAGUGAAACUGCCUGUGUUCGCCUUCAUUUAUCCGCUGUGUAACACAGUUCUGGCUGGAGUCUGCACACGCACAGAAUACCAUGGAAUUCCAGAAGUUAAUGUCAGUGAUUCCACCCUUGACUUGAGAGUCCACUGUUGAGGAUUAACUCUGUGCCCCAGAUAGUAAUCAAUGAAUUGGUGAGAACUUCUAACGUUGUUAGUCUUACUGUGAAAACCCUUGAUACGUCUUGUUGGAUGAGGCAUAACUGGGAAUUUUUACUGUGUACUAACUUCAGAAUCAUUGCCAAACUCCUCGAUGGCCCUACGAAGCGAAGUUGAUAUUUGUGGAAUGUCAAAUUUCUCCAUUAAGAAUAAAAAGGAAUUUGCAUUUUU